AGAGUUUUCCGUUGUUUUCUCUCCCUUGAAUCUGUCGUUUUCUUGGGAAAUUUCUUGAAAUUCAUUUCUUUUUGUUUUCAAGGAAAUUUUCAGGGUUAAUUUUCCUGGAAAAUUCGUGGAUCUGUGAACCCGAUCCGAGAUUUAGAACACGUGAUCUGUUAACCCUUUUGAUCCUGAGAUCCAAGUUCUUUAUCGAACAUUUUGUUAGGGUUUUCCUGAUGGUUUCGGAUCUUGUGAAUUGAUUAGGGUUUUAGAGUGGUUUAAGCUAUUUUCACGGUUUUGACCCAAAACUUUCAGACAAAAACCCCCUUUUGUUUUGUAUUUUUAUAACCUCUAAGACUCCAUGGCUCUUUUUUAUCUACAGGUCGUGAAUCACUCUACAGGAUAUUCGUUGGUUGGUGUGUUAAGUCAUUAAAGCACCAGCUUCUUUCGUUCGUGUGGUAGCAGUUACAUAACUCUGUGUUAUGCAUUCAGAGAAAUGGUGUCGCAUAAGUGUGUAGAAGAAUUCUCUUUACAGUUCCCUGCCAAUGCUCGAGCCCCCAGAUCAGCUAGGAAGAGGCGCAGCUUCAAGAAGGAGGAGAUAACUGAAAAUGACAAAACGUGUGCUAUUGAUCUAUUGGCCACCGUAGCUGAAAACUUGCUGUCUGAGAGCGGAAGCUCUCACAUGUCUAUUGACAAACCGGUUGAAGACCAUUGUCUCGUUAAAGAGGAGUUCCCUGUGGAAGAUAAACCCUUAAAGCCUGCAACUUUACCCGAGUUUAAUCCUUAUCAGGGAUCUUCAAUGAGCCCGUGCGGUUUCAGUUCUGUGAUCAAUGGCAAAGUGGAGAUCGAGGCUGAGGGUUUUAGCCACUCUGGUGGUAUUGAUUCUUGUCAAGCCGGUCAGGAUUUAAAACCGGGUAUAGACGGCGGUGCGGCAGUUCUGGAUGAGAGACCUAAUGGUGUGGGUAGUUUAGGUGGUAGUAGUAGUAGGACCAAAGUGCCUUCAAUGGGGGCUGGUGCUUCUCUUGGCGCUUUGGAUGAUGUACAUAUGUUUAGUAGAGAUGAUGAUGAAAACUUUUCUGGGUAUAUAUGCCCUCGUGUUACCAAAAAGUCACCUAGGUCUGUGCCGCGCGUUGGAGACAGAAGAAUCAGGAAGAUAUUGGCCUCUAGGCACUGGAAGGGAGGUUCUAGACAUUCAGAAGCAAAAUCAUGGAGGAACUAUUACUUGCACCAUCAGAGGAGCUAUCCUAUCAAGAAAAGGAAGUACUUUGACCACAUCUCUGACUCAGUGUCUGAUGAUUAUCGUCUGCGCUCUAAGAUGCAAAGAGGCAGCAGAGCUGUUUCUACUAUGAAAGGUCCAGGUGCAUCCUUUGUGUCAAGCGACUCUCAUGUGAGACUGCGGAUCAAGUCAUUCAGGGUGCCAGAGCUUUUCGUAGAGAUUCCAGAAACCGCUACUGUUGGCUCCUUGAAGAGAAUGGUGAUGGAAGCAGUGAGCACUCUGUUGAGUGAUGGACACCGAGUUGGUCUGAUGGUUCAAGGGAAGAAAGUCAGAGACGAUAACAAAACGCUUCAUCAGACUGGGAUCUCUCAGGAUAACACCCACUUGGACUCUCUUGAUUUCAGCCUUGAACCUAGCUCAGAAGCUCCUCAUCUCUUAUCUAGUAACCCGUCGGGACAUGUCUGCGAGGAACUACCCAUGUGCCAUGCUUCUGACAUGUUGUUCAAAACUGAGCCUGAUUUAGCACUGUUCCAAUCUGGCUCGUUUGACAAGGAAACCGCAGCAGAUGAUUCAAAAGCUCUGGUUCAUGCUGCGCUCACCGAACUGUCUCCUCCUCAACCGCCUCGUCAUAAAUCUAAUAAGCAGCAGCAGCAGCAGCAUCAGACUGCACAGCGAAGAAUGCGUCGACCUUUCUCUGUUACUGAAGUAGAAGCACUUGUUCAAGCAGUUGAGAAGCUCGGUACUGGCAGGUGGAGAGAUGUUAAGCAUAGUGCUUUCGAAGAUGCAGACCACCGCACUUACGUUGAUCUCAAGGACAAGUGGAAAACGCUGGUCCAUACGGCUAAGAUAUCGCCACAGCAGAGGAGAGGAGAGCCAGUGCCGCAGGAACUUCUAAACAGGGUCUUGAACGCUCACGGCUACUGGUCACAGCAACACAUGGAGACACUGGCUCUGCCUAAACCAGAGUCUGUGUUGCUUCUCUAAUCAAAUAUCCGCUCUCUCCCCCCAUUGUGUAUUGUUGUAAGAUUCUGACGACAUAGAUGCACAAAUUUAGUCUUUGACUUGUUCCUUUGCUUUCUCUUUUUCUUUUUAACUUUUCUCAAUGUAAAGUUUUAAUUGGAAUAAGGUUGAUGUUCCUUGACCAAUUUAGGGCUUUAGAGGAUAUUUUUUUCCUUUUGUACAUGGUUUGUUGACAUUCUCAGUCUUUUAUUUCUCUCUUUAAGACUAUUUUUCACU